AUGGAUUCCCCCGACGAUAAGCGGCCAACAGAAGUGCAGCACGCAGAACACAGCCAACUCCCGGGCUCUUCUCGACGAGAUGGCCAGUCCAGUAAGAAAGGAGCCGAUCGCGCCCUGGCCAUCAUCGGCGACCAAAAGAUUGAAGUCUCCGAGGAAGAGAACCGUCGGAUUCUGCGAAAGACUGACCGAGUCAUCUUGGUCAUCUUGGUUUGGGUUUAUUUCCUGCAGAUUCUUGACAAAUCAGUGCUGGGAUUUGGCGCGACAUAUGGGCUCAAAGAAGACACGCACCUCAGUGGCGGACAAUACUCUCUCAUUGGGUCCAUCGGCCCAAUCGCCCAGCUGAUAUGCCAGCCAUUCUCGUCUUUCCUCAUCGUCAAGGUGCCUCACCGCAUCUUGAUGCCUGUCCUUUGUCUCGGAUGGGGCAUCGCCCAAACAUCGAUGGCGGCAUGCAACACCUUUUCGGGAUUAAUGGCAGCUCGUUUCUUCCUCGGCUUGUUCGAAGGCGGUUGUUUGCCUUUAUUCAGCGUCAUCACGAGCCAUUGGUAUCGGCGGGCUGAGCAGCCGAUCCGUGUUGCCGCCUGGUAUGGAACCAACGGCGCCGCUACGAUUUUUGCCGCCGCCGUUUCGUAUGGUCUAGGACGGGUUGAAUCCAAAGUCUUGAGGGAGUGGCAAAUAAUCUUUCUCUUCGUUGGCCUUCUCACGGUUGUCUCUGUGCCUUUUGUUUACUGGAAACUGGACAACGACAUUCUCUCUGCAAGAUUCUUGACCGAAGAGGAGAAACCAAAGGCAAUCGAGCGGCUUCGCGCCAACCAGACAGGUACUGGUAACCGAGAGUUCAAAUGGAAACACGUCAUCGAGGCUGCUCUGGAGCCCAAGACUUAUCUAUGGUUCGGAAUCACGUUAUUGCUCAAUAUAGGAGCAAGCGUUACCAACACCUUUGGCCCUCUGAUCAUCAAUGGACUCGGCUUUGACAAAUACAAGGCCAGCUUACUCAACAUGCCGUUUGGAGCUCUUCAAACCAUUCUUAUCCUUCUCGCAAGCUUUUUGGCUCAAAAAGCAAAGAUAAAGGGGGCCAUAUUAGCUGUCUUCAUGUUGCCGGUUGUGGCCGGACUGGUUAUUCUCUACUGUGUUCCACGAGGAGAUUCAAGCCAGGGGGCACUACUUGCUGGAUACUAUCUUCUGGCCUUCAUCUUUUCGGGUAACCCUCUCAUCGUCUCCUGGAUCGUAGGCAAUACUGCUGGAACGACGAAAAAGUCAAUCAUCAUGAGUGUGUACAACGCGGCUAGCUCUGUCGGUAAUAUUAUCGGCCCCAUCCUGUUCAACGACAGAGACGCGCCUGCAUAUAAACCCGGUUUGCGUUCGUGCCUUGGUGUGUUCUCAGCCUUGGUUGGAGUGAUAUUAAUUCAGUGGGCCAAUCUCAUUCUUCUCAAUAAGUUGCAAGCCAAGGCACGCGUGCGCAACGGAAAGGAGGCAGUCAUCAUUGAUCGAUCUAUGCAAAACCACUACCGGACAGCCCGGCAUCACGAGAAUGGGUUGCUUCAGCAUGAUGAGCGAUCCGGUGGGAGAGAGGAUCACAUUGGGCAAAACGCCUUCUUGGACCUCACAGACCGCGAGAAUGACGAAUUUGUGUAUAUUUACUGA